AGGUCUGUAUCCAUCUUGACCAAUAUCUCAAAAAGUGGCUAAUGGACAGCAAACUACCGAGUUUGUUCCCGCGCAAGCACUUCCUGGACAUCGUGGACGACGACUGGAUCACGGACACGUUGUCGGACGAUGAGAUUGAAGUGCCUCCUGCUCUAGAUGUCGACCCCAACGGCAGCGAGAGCCCAACUGGUGAGCCUCCGAUGUGGACUGCCGACGAGAAGGUGGAUCGCUGGAACGACUUGGGGCUGGACCAGUGGGUCAAAGAUACAGCUUAAAGAAAAAAAAAUAGCUACAAAAUCGAGUAGCUAUCGCUGCUAUUUCGCGUUGAGUAGGCUGUCGAGUGCAUCGCCUUCGAAGACGCUUUGAGAGGCCUCGAAGGUUCUUGCGAAUGAAACAUCCUGCAGCACUUCGUACACUUCAUCGAACGUUGGUCGGCAGCUCGGCUCGCCAUCCCAACAUCGCUUCAUUAAUUCCUGCAGUACUUAAGUACUUAGUAUCUCUGAAACAUCAAGUGUUACGUCCCUGUGCUUACCUGGCACUCGCGGGGGCAAUCCACAGUCGGAACUCGAAAGCGCUCGCCUGCCAGGACUCGUCUCUUAAUAUCCGACACGUCAUAACCUCGAAACGGGAUGUCCCGGC